AUAACAAUGUACCUUCGUUGGCGGCCGCAUCGGCAUAUCUUAUCAUUCGUACUUUUUAUAGGUUAUCUGUACGUUUUCACGCGUGGUGCUGUUUCGAGUCGCGAGUGUGCACGCGAGCCCGAGCCAGAGCUCGAGAUUCGAGAUUUUCCAAAGCUUUUUCUUCGGUGGUUUUUUCAUUUUUUUUCGAGUUCGAGUUCGGCUUCUCAUCUCGCCAGUAUAUAGUGCUGAGUUCGAAAAAUUUUUGAGCACUUUGCCCACCAAAAAAUAAUUCUCAAGUGCUGAUAGUGGUCCUCGUACUCGUCCUCCUCUCGUUGUUAUUGUUUAUUAUAGUCCAUCCCCUUCUCCCCCCCCCCAGCAACUUGGAAUAUCGCGCGUCGUUUGUAUAUUUUUAUUAUUACAAAUUUUUCACGUGGUGUUCGCUUCGCUUCGCGACGACCAUGAUUAUCAGUAUUUUGAAAAAUCCUCCAUCGUCGCCAGUCGUCGUAGUCAUCGCGAUAUCGUCGUCCUAUUCGUAUCUGUAUCGUACUACGUCAUGAAUCACAAUCAUAAUCGUAUCACUUGACGUACUGUGUGAAUUAUUUUCUUGUUUUGUUUUUGUUUUUUUUUUAAUUUACCCAAUUUUUUUCCUCGUCGUCGUUUUUCUCACACCCAAGGGGGGUCCACACACAGUGAAGUGUAUUUUUUUUCAUUAUUAUCGCAAUAUUCUACUGGGAAAUCAUCUCGUCGUCGUACAACUGCAGAAACCGACCUGAAAUUUUCUUCAAUUUAUAUAUGGAAUAUGGAGUGGCUCAAGCUAUCCAUAUGGAUCGGUACGUACGGUUUCCUCAAGGAGUUCCGGCCCGAGGAUCCGUACAUCACCCAGUACCUGACCCACGACCCGAUGAACUUCAAAGAUGAAGAGGUCUAUCAAGAUAUAUUUCCGGUGGCCACUUAUGUAUCUCUAUCGCUAUUAAUUGUCGUGUUCCUAUUAACCGACUGGCUGAGAUAUAAACCAGUGAUAAUUAUGCACGCCUUCAGUGGCAUCAUGAUGCAGGUGCUAUUGAUAUGGUUUAGAAAGAAAUGGCAAAUGUAUAUAAUGGAAUUCUGGUACGGUAUGAUGACAGCCUGCGAAAUCGCCUACUAUACUUAUAUAUACGCCAAGGUGGACAAAAAGCACUACCAAAUCGUUACCAGCCACAUGAGGGGUGCUUCUCUGGCCGGCAGAUUUCUAUCCGGCGUUACUUCGCAAAUCAUGCUGCAUUGGAACAUCAUGACUAUAUCCGAUUUAAACUAUUUAACUUUAGGAGGUAUUUCAUUCGGAUUCCUAUGGGCGCUGACUUUACCACCAGUCAAGAGCAGCAUUUACUUCCAUCGUUCCAACAGCGUGGUAGAUUUCAACGACUGUACCAAAGCUGAAACUGGCCAUGCGGAGAUCACUUGCGCCAAUGAACUGGAACAAGAGCAAGCGCCAGUUUUGAAGAAAAUGUGUUCAAAAAGCAACGUCUUCGGAAGACUGUGGGCGGAUUUCAAACACGCUUAUACGAAUUUAUACGUUUUAAAAUGGUCCAUAUGGUGGGCGAUCGCUACAUGCGGCUAUAAUCAAGUUAUGACAUACAACCAAUUACUUUGGGAAGAUGUGGUUCAUAAUAACCCGAAAGAUAAUACGACGCAAUACAACGGUCUCACCGAAGCCGUAUACACCCUUUUCAGUGCAUUCGCAGCUUUUUGCUUCGGAUACGUGAAAGUAGACUGGAAAAUAUACGGCGAAAUUGUACUAGGGGUGUGUACCUUCCUGGAGGGUGUUCUUAUUUUAUGGUCAUCUCAUACCAAUAUAAUUUUACACGCUUAUAUUGCUUAUAUUUUGUUUGGUAUACUGUACCAUAUCAUGAUGACUGUAUCGAAUUCCGAGGUGGCGAAAUAUAUACGAAGUGACAGCUACGCUUUAAUUUUCGGUAUCAACACUUUCGUCGCUAUUUUACUGCAGACUAUUUUAACGAUGGUUGUGACCGAUAAGAACAGUUUAUUCACGUUGAACACCAGGCAGCAGUACGUCGUGUUCGCCUAUUACUUCGUCGCUCUCGGUGUCAUAUUCACUGUAAAAGCGGCCGUCACCAAAAUAUGGCGAAGUCUGCAUUAUACAUUGUGAAACCAAACAGCACCUCAUCAAGCAACCGAAGGGAAAAAAUUACACUUACGUCAUAACUUCAUAGUGAUUUUAAAAUUUAAAAAAUUCGCGUGUUCAUCCGUUGAGUAGAUACAUUACUCGCUACUCAGCUCUACUUAUAUGUACCUUGAUUUAAUGAGAAAUUUUCUACCUAGGGUCUUUUUUUUUUUUUUUUUUUUUUUAAUUUGGUAAAAGUCUUCGUCAUCCUGCUAAUAAGUAAAAUAAAAUCUAGCCAUUUGUAAACAUAAUUUUCAUCAUUAUAGUUACCAAGUGCUACUGACGAGCGCUGAGACAUUUUUUAUUAACUACGUUUACAUUUUUUUAUUACAUUAAAUACCUAGUACAUAUGUUUACUUUUGGCUACAUUUUGUUCUAUUUUUUUUUAUUUUUUUUUUUUUUUUGGCAGUGAAAAAAACGAUUCUCUUUUCUUUUCUUCUUUGAUUUUUCCUCCGAAGAAAAAAUCGCCUACGUACUUAGAUAAUUUUUAUUUUUAUUUUUUAUUCGAAGUUUUUAGCUAAUCCUCGAUUUUAGAAAUAAUUUAUCUACAUAUAAAAUUUUCGAAAAUUUCCCAUACUCUUUAUUACUACUUCAUACUACAACAUACGCUCUUCAUUUAUAUUUUCAACGAAUCAGUUACCAUUUUGCCUUUUUCAUUUUUCUCUUUAGAUUUUUUUUCAUUUAGUGAAUCUUUACUUUGUAAUAUGUAUUUUUUUUACAUUGGAAAUUUUUUUUACAACAUGCUCCAACGUAAAUGUUUUUUUUUUCAAAUUUAUACCAGAUACAUUUUUUUUUCUAUACACCGAAGACGGAAGAAAAAACAAAUCGAAGUAAUUAUUCGUUAGGUAAAUUUUUUUUUAUAAUAAAAUAAAGACGUUUUUUCUUGUCUAUAAUAUUUUUUUGUAGAAAAUAAUUAAUCAAUGUUAUACAUUUCGGUAAAAUUAUACAUACGAUAUUUAGUCUUUUGUAAAGACAAUUUAUUAAUUAUUUUGUUAAAACGUUGAAUUUUUUUUUCGGUCUUUAGACUAUUUUUUUGUCUGUAUAGUUUAAUAUGAUUGUAUUUUAAUACGUUAUUUUUUUUUCGAUUUUUUUUUUUCUAAAUAAUAAGGACCUAUUUAACCCAUUUUUUUGUUUCAUUCCCUUUUACGCAUCUUAUACAUAUAUAUGUAUUUCUUUUGUAUGUUUCUAUUGUUAUUUUUUUAUUACGUCGAGCAAAUUCAUCGCCCGUGUGUUUCAUUUUUUCUUUUAUUUUUUAGUCGAUAAUUAGAUUUUUUUUCUCGUUUUUGUUAUUUUUUACGAUAAUUGUUAUAAAUUUUUUUUAUACAUAAAAUAACUAUGGUACUAAUCUAGUUGUUUGAGCGAAGACGCCAAUUUGUUGACGACGCUUACUUUUUUGACAGUCGUCUGCGUUCGAUGUACUUAAUUUUUUCUUCUUUUUGUUUUUUUCAUUAAUAUGGGAUUUUUUUUUGUUUGUUUAUUAGUUUUUAUUUUACUGUACUUUAAUCGUUCGUUUGUAUAAAUCGUUUAAAACGUUUGAAAAAAAAAAACAAAAACAAAUUCGUUCUGGGUUUAUUCACUCUAAAUCAAGUAGGCAUUAUUUCGAAAGAUUGCUGAUAUUCGCUCAAAUCGAUCUGUCCUCUCCUCCCUCCUCCUCCCCCCUCCCGAAAAAUCACGAAUAAUUUUAUUGAUUUUUAGACAAAUUAAAUUCAAAUAUUUUUUCACGAAAUCAAUAAUCUUGUAAUUAUAAACACCAAAAAAAAAAAAAAAAAAAAAAAAAAAAUGAAAAA